GCAUUUAUAUGUCAUUUACGGCAAACAUUUACACUGAGUUAUAGUGAGUAGAGAGUUUUCACAUCUGCUGAAAGAACUGACAUGUGUCGUCCAGCGGCCUGAAGUCGAGUGUGAGGUGCUGUUCACCCCCCUGAGCCGCGGUUUGGCGGUGCAGCUCUGCGCUGCAGUGGUACAUUCGCAAUAAAAUGGGUGUGGUUGAAUCGCGCAUAUGUGAUGCUACGUGUUUCUGCUGCAGACUGAAUGAUUUCAUGUGGGACUGAAUUGACAGCCGAGCGAGCGCAGAUUAGUUUAAUUAUUUAGAAAACAAACUGUACUCUUGUUUAUGUUGAAUCCACCCCGCCUCCUGUUCUGGCACAGCCACGUUUGAACUGAUGGAUGGGUUUAAUGCUCCUCCGGAGAGAUAGCCAAGUCGAUUUUUGGGUACUUUAUUUUGAUUUCUUUGAAGGGACACGGGGUGUCUCGUGUUUUAGAGAAUUGGUCAUUUCUUGGACGAGAAGCGACGGUCAAAACGAGGAGACAAAAACGAGAAGACGGAGGAAGAAGAACCUCGGGAGGAAAGAGACGAGGAUCGGGCAACGCAUUAUAAAGGCAACGACAUAAUCUAGAAGCUUACCCUAUUUGGACUUAUAACAUAUGUCGCUAAUUAUAGGCAGAGCGCAAAAUACGUUUUCACCCCCAAAAGAACAGUGUGCUGAAAUCAGGAAUACGGUGGAAAAGGCUUCCUGCUAUUCUCUCGAAACGAUCAGAGGGCGACAUGGUGGUUGCAGACUUGAUGAUAACACAUUUUUGAUCCGUUCACACAUGAAGCACUUUGUCGUCGAGGCCUAACUGUAGCACCAGGAAAGAGGCGACAGUAUGCGGUCGGAGUCCUAAUCAUUUUCCAGCAGAAAAAUUCCCUGCGAAUUACUUCCGCCACCCACUCCAGCAUUCCUCUCACUUUACUGUACGCCGAGACUAAAGCCAAACUGCAAGAUUAAAAGGUGUCUGAGGAGGUGAGAGAGGUCAGAGGGUAAAGGCUAAAGGUCAUUUCAAGAUGAGUGAGCUCGAGCAGCUUCGCCAGGAGGCUGAGCAACUGCGCAAUCAGAUCAGAGAUGCCAGGAAAGCAUGUGGAGACUCCACACUUACACAGAUAACAGCAGGUCUGGACCCAGUGGGGAGGAUACAGAUGAGGACCAGGCGCACACUGCGGGGCCAUUUGGCGAAAAUCUACGCCAUGCACUGGGGCUCAGACUCCAGGCUUCUUGUUAGUGCCUCACAGGAUGGAAAACUCAUCAUCUGGGACAGUUAUACUACAAACAAGAUUCAUGCCAUCCCGCUGCGGUCCUCAUGGGUGAUGACAUGUGCGUAUGCGCCGUCCGGGAACUUUGUGGCCUGUGGUGGACUGGACAACAUUUGCUCCAUAUACAGCCUGAAGACAAGAGAGGGCAAUGUGAGAGUGAGCCGAGAGCUGCCCGGACACACAGGUUACCUUUCCUGUUGCCGUUUCAUAGAUGACAAUCAGAUUAUCACCAGUUCAGGAGACACAACCUGUGCUCUGUGGGACAUUGAGACGGGUCAGCAGACCACGCUGUUCUCUGGUCACAGUGGAGAUGUGAUGAGUCUCUCGCUUGCGCCAGACUCUCGAACCUUCAUCUCGGGGGCCUGCGAUGCCUCUAUUAAACUCUGGGACAUCAGAGACAGCAUGUGCAGACAGACCUUCACCGGCCACGAGUCCGACAUCAACGCCGCCUGCUUCUUCCCUAGUGGCAGCGCUUUUGCGACGGGUUCGGAUGACGCCACCUGCAGGCUGUUUGACUUGCGUGCGGAUCAGGAGCUGUGCUUGUACUCUCACGAUAAUAUCAUCUGUGGCAUCACCUCUGUGGCCUUCUCUCGCUCCGGACGCCUGCUGCUCGCCGGAUACGAUGACUUCAACUGCAACAUCUGGGAUGCCAUGAAGGGAGACCGAGCAGGUAAACAUACUGGAGUGCUGGCUGGCCAUGACAAUCGUGUGAGCUGUCUGGGAGUAACAGAUGAUGGCAUGGCCGUGUGCACAGGAUCCUGGGACAGUUUCCUGAAGAUCUGGAACUGACCACACACACACAGUACACAUAAUUCACUCAACACACACACUGUAUGUACUUUACACUCACCUACACAGACACACACACAUGCCUGAAUACAAACUGUACAUACUAAUAUAAAUAAGGCAACUAGGUAAGCAUUUACACCAAUCUUUUCAGUGCCACAUCGCUCCAUAUGUACAGUGCCCUCCACUAAUAUCAGCAUCUUUUAUAAAUAUGAACAAAGAAGGCUGAGAGGGGGGAAAAAUGCUCAGAAUAUUAACAAAAAUAAAUAAAUAAAAGACACUCGAGUUUUCUAAUAGUUUGAGACAUUGGUUGUAUUCCACUCCAAUAUUAGACGCGCACUUGUAAAUUUCCCUUCCCUUGUUCCCUCAAGGGAAUACCAAGGCCAUUUUAAAGUGCGUUCCACUCAUAGACUGUAAAAGAUAUGGACGAAGUAUCUGUGACAUCACCCAUAGGUUUCUGAAGAGCGCAAAUGAAGCUACAAGUAGGCAUGGGCAGCUGUCGCAGUGAGACUUAGCUGUCACUCAGGUUGCCACGCCCUUAAUUAAGCAGACUUAAUAGAACUUAAUAAAAAUGAAACUGAUGAGCUAUAAAAAAAAUUCACCCCCUCACAGUUGUCAUGAAGGGUAACAUUAGCUUUAUGCACCAAACCCAUGUUUUGUACCAGGCUGUAAACAUGUAUUUAUUCGCUGUAAAACUGGCCAAUUGGCCAUUGCAGUCAGAAAACAGCUGGAGUUCCUGGUGCCAGUCUCCAAAGGAGAGUCGAUGAAUUGCAGUUUUAGUUACUUCCGUAUUGGCUUCCCGAGGGAGAGUGGGAGGUUGCUGCUUGGUACCAAGUGAAUGAGGGAAGCUUACCUGGACAUACCCUUGAUCGCUUAAUAUCAACAGAUUUUGCUUCAUAUAUUCACUCCUGCACCAGAAUCCAAUGCAAUUGUGUCACAGCAGUGUAGUUCCCAAGUGCUCAUGGCUCUAGGGCAUUUCAUUUAAACCCAUUCAGAUGUUAGCCUGCAGUGGACGCUUUUGUAACAUAAUCAAUGAUGUACAUCCAAUGGAACGAGACGGAGGGAAGUUAGCGAGUGAAGGGUAUAUCAAAUUGGACUGGAACUUGGGAUGGGAUAGACAUGCAAUCUCAUCCAGACUGAUUCAGAACACUUCCAAAUGACUGGAAUUGCUAAAUUAUCACCCUGAGGGUAGCCAUUUUGAAGGUUUUUAGCUCUUUUCUCAUAGCUUCUUCCCAUUUCGAGUAACUCAAGCUCUGUUCUUUGCGGUCAUCCAUUGUUAUCAAUGACUGAUUGAGUUUGGCUUUGCGUUUCUUCAUAUUUCCAUCAUAAGACGAUAAAAUAACAUUUUUACAGCCGCAUUUGUUCAUAAUUACAAAAGGGGUCAAUAUUUGCGAAGGGCACCGUAUACAAUCACACUGUAGGUAGUUUUGGACCACGAGUAUAAAACAGGAAUGUUUACAGACACCUUCCCCCCUCAUGUAAGCUUUGCCAGACCUCCACUUACUAAGAGACACCGGUGGAUUUGGGGAUGUGCGUUGAGCGAGUCUUAUUCGAGAGUACGAUCCCAAAGCUCCCAAGUGGUGAGAGUUGAUCCAUUUUUUUUUAUUUUGAACUUUGUCAUUGUCUCCUGUAUUCAAACAUAAGCCUGAAGUAUCGAUGAGCAUGUAGAGCUGGACAGAUGAAGACCCAAGACUAAUGUCCUAGAUUACACUUUAUGUAGUCCAUGUUUUUAUAGAUGCGUUUGUUGGCAUAUUCCAGUAUACAAGUAAAUAUAUGAUGUUCUUGUCUUUUAGGUUUUGGUUCACUUGACAUUUUUAAACAACACUUAUUUUAUUCAUGUUUUCCUGUGUGCCGCACCCCAAGGAGAAUAAAGAAAACUAAAACAUUGUGCCACUAA